AUGAUCACAAAUUUCAAGACAAUAUUCCUUCUUAUACUUGCUUUCAUAUCUGCAAUAGCUUUAUAGCCUUCCUAUUGUGUUUAUAAUGGCGAAAAACCUUUAUAAUGUGCAAAUUAUACAAGUCUAGCAUAAACAAGUGGAGCCUCAUUACCUAAAUACGUUGUUAAUUUAGAUUUAUCAUACUAAGAUAGAUGGAGAGAAAUUAUAACUAAUUAUAAAAGUGCCAUUCAAGGAUUUGAAACUCGUAUUGAAUAGCUCCCAAAAGCUGUAGCCUUGGAAUCUUAACUUCCUUUUUACAAAGAUCCUGAUUUCAUGGGUGAAGUUUAAGCUAUAGCUACUUUAGCUGGAGUAAAGUUUGAAACUCUUCAGUUAUUGAGUUAAAUGUACGAAGCACUCGAUUCUAUUGGAUGUACAUCUAUAGUUGCAAGACACUCUGAUGGAAGCAUAUAUCAUGCUAGAAACUUAGACUACAGUUUUGUUAAGUAUAUAUCCCCACUUCUUGCUAACAUCGACUUUUAAAGAGGUGGUAAAACUGUAUUUAUUGCAGAUAUGGUAAUAGGAACAGCUAUUGUGGUUACAGGUAUAGUCCCUAAUGGUUUUUCAAUUACUAUCAAUUAGAGAUAGGAUGAUGGAUAAGCAAUAUCUUACUUAUAAAAACAAUAUAUCCCAGCUUGCUACCUAAUCUAUAAGAUUCUUUAAACAAAGACAACCUAUUCAGAUGCUCUCGAUUCUUUAAUGAAUACUAAAAUUGCAAUGCCUGCUUACUUUAUUAUUGCAGGUUUAUCAGGAAAUUAAGGAACAGUUAUUGAGAGAGAUAGAGAAGCGGUUCAUUUAUAAACGACAUUAAGUGGAUCUACCUGGUUUAUUUGCUAAACAAAUUUCGACAGAUCGUAGCCUGAUGACCCAAGUGACUACAGAAGAGUUCCCUGUGAGUAAAAAAUGGGAUUACUGAAUUAGAAUUCAUGGAAGCCAUAAGACAUUUUUAACAUUUUGUCAUCAUCUCCAAAUUUUAUAUAAACAACAAUUGCAACUGAUGUAAUGAACCCAAAUACUGGAUACAUUAACUCAACAAGAUGGUUUAAUCCUCCCUCUACCACUCAGACAGAAUUAUCUUCAUAUUAAUAGAUUUUAUCAAUCGGAAUUAUUAUUUUAACAAUAUUCUUAAAUUGA